AUGAACGACCACGGCCGCGAGGCCCGUGGCAUGGCUAUCACCCGCCACCAUGUCCGCUCGGCUGCCGAGGCGGCGGUGUGGGCCGCGCAGGCGCAUAUGCCUGCUGGCAGCUCGGCGCCAAUCGACCUCGACUCCGCCGUCGCUGCGCUCCCGACUACAGAUCCCCAGUUCCACGCCCUCUCGAUCACCAGAGUCCUUCGCGCCCGUCUGGAUGCAUCGCUUGGUCCGCUUGUCGAGGCUGCGCUCCUCGAUGCGCUGCCGCACCUCGCAGCUGCUGGCGAGCCGGGCGGCGAUCCGUCGGUCGACGCUGACGCCACAGCCAUACUAGCCCGCCGCUUUGCCGAGUCAGAGACCGUCGCCGCCCUCGCCGCUGCCGCUGCCGCAGACACUGCCGCUGCCGUUGCCCGCGUCCGCUUCGAGCUGGCUGCGGCCGGUGGUCGCGCCUCGCCUCACCCGCCGGGCACCGGUCUGGUCCUCCCGGCUCGCCGCGGCUCGUCGGCCUCUCCCUCGCUCGCCUCCGAGUCGGAUGCCUCGUCCGACUUUACCUCAGCUCGCUCUAUGGCCUCGUGCUUCUCGCUCGGUCCGCUCAUGCCCUACGACGAGCUCGAGCCGCUCACUGCGCUCCUUGCCGCGCUUGCUGAUCACCCCGGAUCGCUCCCUGGCGAGCGCCAUCUCGCCGCCCUCUCCAAGCUCGAGUCGUUUGCACCCAAUGACUUGCUUGCGGCCCCGUGCUGGCCCAAUCUGAUCAGCGCGCUCGACGCUGUCCUCGCUUCAGCCGAUCUCGCCUACGCACAUCGCGGCCUCGGCCUCGUGGCUCGGUUGUGGCCCGGCGCCGAGCGGAGCCAGCGGAGCUCGCUGUUUGAAGGCGUGGCCAAGGCCGCCGCUCGGGUUCUGCGCUCGCAUCAUGAGCCCAUUUUGCUCUCCGAUCUUGCCGCCACCCUCGUCCGCCAUGCCCGCCGUGGCCUCGACUCGCCGCAGCAAGCCCCCUCACUGCCGCUGCUCUUUCUCCUCGCUUGCGUCCACCUCGUCCUCCAGCUUGCGGUCACAAUGCCGGACGCGCUGCCGGGCCACAUGCCACUGGCUUCCGAGCUGGAGCAAGUUCUGGCGAGCUUUGUGUUCCUCUUGCGCUCGUCGAACCCCGACGCAGACGUCCGUGGCGAUGACCUCCUCGCGCUGCUCGACCCCAAAGCCUCCUGGCUGCGCGCCUGGCGCUCCGUCCUGCCAACCGCGGACGCCCUGGCCCAAUCAGCUGCUUCUCUUCAGCCAUGGCUCGACACACUUGUUGGCCGGCUCGGCGACUCGAGUAGGCUCGACGGCCUGCCGCGCCACGGCCUGGUCUCGCUCGCAGAACUGCGCCUCGCUUACGAUGCCUCGGUCCUCUCCGAGCUCGCCACCUCGGUCCGGACCAGGUGCCUCUGCGGCUCCGGACCUGAGGCCCUCACAGUUCUCGCGCGCUCACUCGCCCACGCCAUUUCGGCCCCGACAUCUUUUGCCGCUCAGGUUGUCUCGCAAGCCCUCGGCAACGUCGUUUGUGCACUGCCGCCCAGUGAUGUCGUACAGGACGAGAGUUCGUGGAUUGUACCGCUUCUUGCUGCCCUAGAGACAUGCUCGCGACCCAGUGCUCGCAACGUCAUUGCACUACCGCUAGCGGCUGCCGUGCGUGCACAUUCGAAGCUGCCCGAACGCGUGAUGGAUUCCUUGUGGGCUGUACCAGCUGUGGAGCCGCUUACCCACGCGCUGCUCUCUGCUGAGGGUGGCGAGGCCCAUGUCGCGCGCGUCUCGCACUGGCUCGCCACUGCCGAGCUCAACUCGAUUUGGAUCGAUCGCGUCUGGGUGGCGUCUGGACUCUCUGCCUCGCUCUGCGCCGCGCUUGCCACCGAGUCGGCUCGCUCGGCCCGCUCGCUUGUGGCCGAUGCUGCUGCUGCCACCACCACCGCCGCGUUUACUCGUCAAAUCGCCGCUGCAACGCUUGCCACCCCCAGCUUUUCUCCAGCUGGCGGCAGCAGCUCUGACGGACCUCAGAUUCAUGGCGAGCUCUGGGCUGCGCUCAAGGCCUGGAUCUCCGCACCGGUCCUGGCAGCAGAGCUCGUUGCCCGCGGCGUCGACGCGACGCUUGUCACGCUGGCGGACUCUUUUCCGAAGCGAGGGCGCUGA